AUUUGAGGUAAUUCUGAACAUUAUGCUCUGUGUAUUUUAAAACAAUUUCAGGUCAUUCUAAACAUUAUAGUAUGUGUGUUUUAAAACUAUUUCAGGUCAUUCUAAACAUACUAUAGUAUGUGUAUUAUAAUACUAUGUGAGGUCAUUCUAAACAUUAUACUAUAGUAUGUGUAUUUUAAAACCAUUUCAGAUAAUUCUAAGCAUUAUACUAUAGUAUGUGUAUUUUCACAUAUAGUAUGUGAUAUCUGGUCUGUCCCGGAGGGGCAUCCGAGAGCCCUUUGUCCCGUUCUCAUUGUUGAAAAAAUUUCAUCAACCGCGUUGAGUGACCAACUGACGAGAUCCAUUUAAGUGAAUUUCAGUUUCCAGAAAACAUGCAGAAACAGCCGUGCACCCAACAUACACAGACAAAGGCCUUGAAGAUAAGACAAGGAGGAGAGGAGAAGAAAAGCGUCUGCACCCUCCAGGAGCCGGAAGAAGAGAAUUUCAGGACAUUCUAAACAUUAUACUAUGGUAUGUGUAUUUUAAUACUAUAUCUGGUCAUUCUAAACAUUAUACUAUAGUAUGUGUAUUUUAAUGCUAUUUCAGGUAAUUCUAAACAAUAUACUAUAGUGUGUGUAUUUUAAUACUUUUUCAGGUCUUUCUAAACAAUACUAUAGAAUGUGUAUUUCAAUACUAUUUCAGGUCAUUCUAAACAUUGUACUAUAGUAUGUGUAUUUUAAUACUAUCUGAGGUCAUUCUGAACAUUAUACUAUAGUAUGUGUAUUUUAAUACUAAAUCUGGUCAUUCUAAACAUUAUAGUAUAGUGUGUGUAGGGGUUUCCUUUUCAGCUUCCAUUAAUUUUUUAACAAAUGAAAGGACCUGUUACUUCUAUACAAUGGCUUUAGAGCAAAAUAAUCAUUUGACUUCUCUCAUUCUACAGAUGAAACAUGAAUUUCAACUUCAAAUACAAAUGCUAUUUUGCCAGUGGAAAUAUGAAAUGCAGACCCAGCUAUAUGCAGCUUGCUGAAAUGAAAAAUAUGCAGAUGCAACUUUUCAAUCUGCAGCAGGAAGUCACAAAAGUCCAAGCCACUGGAGAUGACUCCCAGGUGGGAGGGGCUCAAACCCUGUGCUCCACUGAUUUGCCUCCAGAUAAGAUGGAAACGCUGCAACCGGAUGUACUGAUUCAACAAUGUCGAGCGAGACAAACUGUGACAACUUUUGUUAAAAUACAAAGAUUUUCUUUCACUCGACUCCUUGGACUGUGGUCUAACCACUAUCCAUGAGGCCAGGAUUCCUACACUGCCACAUGCUGCGCCGACUUUUGUGCGUCCAUACAAGAUUCCCCUGGCAUCCAACGGACCAGUCCAGGAAAUCACUGAAAGCCUCUUGGCUAAAGAGAUCAUCCAACCCUGAAACAGCACCUACUCGGCUCCAUUGUGGCCAGUGAAGAAGCCUAAUGGUAAGUGGCGACUAACCAUUGACUACAGGCAACUCAACAAACAGGUUCCCUUGUCUAGGUAGCCGAUGGCGCGCCUGGAACAAGAACUCCCAAAAGUGAAAUACGCUAAAUACUUCUCCACCCUUGACAUUGCGUCUGGAUUCUGGACAAUUUCUGUCCAUAAAUCGGACCAACACAAACUAGCCUUCUUGCCAACCGCCAGUACACCUUAACUCGGUGUCCUUUUGGUUAUUCCAACUCACCAGCUGAGUUCCACAUCUUCUUGGACAAAGCCUGCCCUGAUGCUCGAGAGCGAGGUACCCUCAUCUAUGUCGACGACAAUCUUGUUCGUAAGCGUACCUUGUAUGAUAAACAUACUAUAAUAUGUGUAUUUUAAAACUAUUUCAGGUCAUUCUAAACAUUAUAUUAUAGUAUGUGUAUUUUAAUACUUUAUCUGGUCAUUCUAAAUGUUAUACUACAGUAUGUGUAUUUUAAUACCAUUUCAGGUCAUUCUAAACAUUAUACUAUAGUAUGUGUAUUUUAAAACAAUUUCAGGUCAUUCUAAACAUUAUACUAUAGUAUGUGUAUUAUAAUACUAUGUGAGGUCAUUCUAAACAUUAUACUAUAGUAUGUGUAUUUUAAAACCAUUUCAGGUAACAACAUUGUACUAUAGUAUGUGUAUUUUAAUGCAUUUUCUGGUCAUUCUAAACGUUAUACUAUGGUAUGUGUAUUUUAAAACUAUUUGUGGUCAUUCUAAACAUUAUACUAUUGCAUGUGUAUUUGAAUACUUUUUCAGGUCAUUCUAAACAUACUAAAGUAUGCUCGGAUAGGAGACAGAGUUGAGUUGCCAUAGCGACGGCACAUUCCACAUAUCUUCUGAGGGGGGAGUUUUCGUUGUAGCCUUGCAGACUCAAGGGUGCCAUAUUCCGAUUAGAAAUUGUUUUGGGGCCAGACAGAGAUAAUUUCCUCUCUGUCUUACAGUUUGUUGGUCCUCAACCUCUCAAAAUCCCAAUAAUGGACAUUAAACUAUCCCAAUCUGCUGAUUUGUCCACUCUAUCCUUCAUGGCAUCCAUCUUCUGUGACAAUGAAUGAAUCUCGGCCAAAGUUCCAAGCUUAUGAUUCAUCUCGACAAUUAUGUGAGUCUGUGAAUUCACAGCGCGGUGCAAGCCAUCUCUUGAGUUCGGGGAUCAGGCCAAUAUUCCUCUACAGCUCGUUAAUUUUCCGGGAAGACAGGAAGCCUCCAAGGCGGAUCGGCAGGAAACCCGACACCAACACCACGAAUAUCCACACAUCUUCAGAGUGCUACACAGACAGCUGGUCUGUCCCGGAGGGGCAUCCGAGGGCCCCUUCUCCCGUUCUCAUCGUUGAAAAAAUUUCAUCAACUGCGUUGAGUGACCAACUGACGAGAUCCAUUUAAGUGAAUUUCAGUUUCCACAAAACAUGCAGAAGCAGCCGUGCACCCAACACACACAGACAGACAAAGGUCUUGAGGAUAAGACAAGGAGGAGAGGAGAAGAAAAGCGUCUGCACCCUCCAGGAGCCAGAAGAAGAGAAUUUCAGGUCAUUCUAAACAUUAUACUAUGGUAUGUGUAUUUUAAUACUAUAUCUGGUCUUUCUAAACAUUAUACUAUAGUAUGUGUAUUUUAAUGCUAUUUCAGGUAAUUCUAAACAAUAUACUAUAGUGUGUGUAUUUUAAUACUUUUUCAGGUCAUUCUAAACAUUAUACUAUAGAAUGUGUAUUACAAUACUAUUUCAGGUCAUUCUAAACAUUGUACUAUAGUAUGUGUAUUUUAAUACUGAGGUCAUUCUGAACAUUAUACUAUAGAAUGUGUAUUUUAAUACUAAAUCUGGUCAUUCUAAACAUUGUAGUAUAGUGUGUGUAGGGGUUUCCUUUUCAGCUUCCAUUAAUUUUUUAACAAGUGAAAGGACCUGUUACUUCCAUACAAUGGCUUUAGAGCAAAAUAAUCAUUUGACUUCUCUCCUUCUACAGAUGAAACAUGAAUUUCAACUUCAAAUACUAAUGCUUUUUUGCCAGUGGAAAUAUGAAACGCAGACCCAGCUAUAUGCAGCUUGCUGAAAUGAAAAAUAUGCAGAUGCAACUUUUCAAUCUGCAACAGGAAGUCACAAAAGUCCAAGCCAUUGGAGAUGACUCCCAGGUGGGAGGGGCUCAAACCCUGUGCUCCACUGAUUUGCCUCCAGAUGAGAUGAAAAUGCUGCAACCGGAUGUACUGAUUGGCUCUGAACUACAGGAAACACAUGUCCCAUAUCGCUCCAUCCACAUUGAUGAUAAGUGCAACCUCCACGGAUAGUGGCCCAGCGCCCCCUGGUGUCGAGCCUGACGAACUACUGCUGGGACCUCUCCUGCCACAGGGUGUGCUCUUCUAAGACUGCUCCAAUUCACGAUCGGUCCCAUGAGCUUGACACACCCUAUGUACAUCUGUGAGACUGGAACCAUGCCUUUGCUCAUUGGCAUCGGUUUUGAAGCGCUUUGAUGCUUAUGUCGAUAUUGGAGAAGGGGAAAUGAAGGUAGGUGUUAGAAAACAUCUGCCGUUCACUCCACCUUCUUUCCCCGACUCACGCUGCCUUGCGGUAGGUGAUUCUGAGCAUGGGGGAACCGCAUGCUCACUGCCGAGCUCAAAGCCAUCAGAGACUCCCUCUGAUGUUUUCUCUCAGAUUGAACAGGUCGUGGACCAAGCAGAUGCUCUUACCAACAAUGUCGAGUGAGACAAACUAUGACAACUUUUGUUAAAAUAGAAAGAUUUUCUUUCACUCGACUCCUUGGACUGUGGUCUAACCACUAUCCAUGAGGCCAGGAUUUCUACACUGCCACAUGCUGCGCCGACUUUUGUGCGUCCAUAAAAGAUUCCCCUGGCAUCCAAGGGACCAGUCCAGGAAAUCACUGAAAGCCUCUUGGCUAAAGAGAUCAUCCGACCCUGAAACAGCACCUACUCGGCUCCAUUAUGGCCAGUGAAGAAGCCUAAUGUUAAGUGGCGACUAACCAUUGACUACAGGCAACUCAACAAACAGGUUCCCUUGUCUAGGUAGCCGAUGGCGCGCCUGGAACAAGAUCUCCCAAAAGUGAAAUACGCUAAAUACUUCUCCACCCUUGACAUUGCGUCUGGAUUCUGGACAAUUUCUGUCCAUAAAUCGGACCAACACAAACUAGCCUUCUUGCCAACCGCCAGUACACCUUAACUCGGUGUCCUUUUGGUUAUUCCAACUCACCAGCUGAGUUCAACAUCUUCUUGGACAAAGCCUGCCCUGAUGCUCGAGAGCGAGGUACCCUCAUCUAUGUCGACGACAAUCUUGUUCGUAAGCGUACCUUGUAUGAUAAACAUACUAUAAUAUGUGUAUUUUAAAACUAUUUCAGGUCAUUCUAAACAUUAUAUUAUAGUAUGUGUAUUUUAAUACUUUAUCUGGUCAUUCUAAAUGUUAUACUACAGUAUGUGUAUUUUAAUACCAUUUCAGGUCAUUCUAAACAUUAUACUAUAGUAUGUGUAUUUUAAAACAAUUUCAGGUCAUUCUAAACAUUAUACUAUAGUAUGUGUAUUAUAAUACUAUUUGAGGUCAUUCUAAACAUUAUACUAUAGUAUGUGUAUUUUAAAACCAUUUCAGGUCAUUCUAAACAUUAUAGUAUGUGUAUUUUAAUGCAUUUUCUGGUCAUUCUAAACGUUAUACUAUUGUAUGUGUAUUUGAAUACUUUUUCAGGUCAUUCUAAACAUACUAAAGUAUACUGGGAUAGGAGACAGUGUUGAGUUGCCAUAGCGACGGCACAUUCCACAUAUCUUCUGAGGGGGGAGUUUUCGUUGUAGCCUUGCAGACUCAAGGGUGCCAUAUUCCGAUUAGAAAUUGUUUUGGGGCCAGACAGAGAUAAUUUCCUCUCUGUCUUACAGUUUGUUGGUCCUCAACCUCUCAAAAUCCCAAUAAUGGACAUUAAACUAUCCCAAUCCGUGAUGAUUUGUCCACUCUAUCCUUCAUGGCAUCCAUCUUCUGUGACAAUGAAUGAAUCUCGGCCAAAGUUCCAAGCUUAUGAUUCAUCUCGACAAUUAUGUGAGUCUGAAUUCACAGCGUGGUGCAAGCAAUCUCUUGAGUUCGGGGAUCAGGCCAAUAUUCCUCUACAUCUCGUUAAUUUUCCAGGAAGACAGGAAGCCUCCAAGGCGGAUCGGCAGGAAACCCGACACCAACACCACGAAUAUCCACACAUCUUCAGAGUCCUCCACAGACAGCUGGUCUGUCCCGAAGGGGCAUCCGAGAGCCCCUUCUCCCGUUCUCAUCGUUGAAAAAAUUUCAUCAACUGCGUUGAGUGACCAACUGACGAGAUCCAUUUAAGUGAAUUUCAGUUUCCACAAAACAUGCAGAAGCAGCCGUGCACCCAACACACACAGACAGACAAAGGUCUUUAGGAUAAGACAAGGAGGAGAGGAGAAGAAAAGCGUCUGCACCCUCCAGGAGCAGGAAGAAGAGAAUUUCAGGUCAUUCUAAACAUUAUACUAUGAUGAAACAUGAAUUUCAACUUCAAAUACAAAUGCUAUUUUUCCAGUGGAAAUAUGAAACACAGACCCAGCUAUAUGCAGCUUGCUGAAAUGAAAAAUCUGCAGAUGCAACUUUUCAAUCUGCAACAGGAUGUCACAAAAGUCCAAGCCAUUGGAGAUGACUCCCAGGUGGGAGGGGCUCAAACCCUGUGCUCUGCUGAUUUGCCUCCAGAUAAGAUGGAAACGCUGCAACCGGAUGUACUGAUUGGCUCUGAACUACAGGAAACACAACAUGUCCCAUACCGUUCCAUCCACAUUGAUGAUGAGUGCAACCUCCACGGAUAGUGGCCCAGCGCCCCCUGGUGUCGAGCCUGACGAACUACUGCUGGGACCUCUCCUGCCACAGGGUGUGCUCUUCUAAGACUCUGCUCCAAUUCACGAUCGGUCCCAUGAGCUUGACACACCCUAUGUACAUCUGUGAGACUGGAACCAUGCCUUUGCUCAUUGGCAUCGAUGUUUUGAAGCGCUUUGAUGCUUAUGUCGAUAUUGGAGAAGGGGAAAUGAAGGCAGGUGUUAGAAAACCUCUGCCGUUCACUCCACCUUCUUUCCCCGACUCACGCUGCCUUGCGGUAGGUGAUUCUGAGCAUGGGGGAACCGCAUGCUCACUGCCGAGCUCAAAGCCAUCAGAGACUCCCUCUGAUGUUUUCUCUCAGAUUGAACAGGUCGUGGACCAAGCAGAUGCUCUUACCAACGAUUUCGAGCGAGACAAACUAUGACAACUGUUGUUAAAAUACAAAGAUUUUCUUUCACUCGACUCCUUGGACUGUGGUCUAACCACUAUCCAUGAGGCCAGGAUUUCUACACUGCCACAUGCUGCGCCGACUUUUGUGCGUCCAUACAAGAUUCCCCUGGCAUCCAACGGACCAGUCCAGGAAAUCCUUGAAAGCCUCUUGGCUAAAGGGAUCAUCCGACCCUGCAACAGCACCUACUCGGCUCCAUUGUGGCCAGUGAAGAAGCCUAAUGGUAAGUGGCGACUAACCAUUGACUACAGGCAACUCAACAAACAGGUUCCCUUGUCUAGGUAGCCGAUGGAAACGCUGCAACCGGAUGUACUGAUUGGCUCUGAACUACAGGAAACACACAACAUGUCCCAUACCAUUCCAUCCACAUUGAUGAUAAGUGCAACCUCCACGGAUAGUGGCCCGGCGCCCCCUGGUGUCGAGCCUGACGAACUGCUGUUGGGACCUCUUCCUGCCACAGGGUGGUAAGCCCACAGUAUCUGUCAUAUUGCAACAAGGGCAUCCCUGCAAUGCACUUUUAGAUACGCGUGAAGGAGUGAAAAGAUGUGCAGCAAGCGUUUUAUUUGUGGACGGAAAUCACAGGAAACGUGGGUUUAGAGGUGGGGAGCGCAUGAAGAGGUGGGAGAAUGAGAGACAAAUAUGUCCGUGUUAAAAGUCUUUUAUACAUACAAAAAACACAAUAUAAACUCACUGUUUUGGACCGAUACAUGACAGGAUACCACAGAACAGCGCUACACCCUCUGUUGUCCUGCCGGGCAGUUGCUUUGCAACACUCUCCAGGAGAUGUAGAAGUGACGGAGAAGUGUGAGCAAAACGCUUCCAUCAAUCCUUGCGUGUCUGUCCCUUGCAGCGCUAACGGAGAAGCAUAAACCAGGCUUAACACUGUGGAUUUAAGGUUUGUACCUGUAGAAUGAAAUGUGUGUUUUGAGAGUUUUGAUUUCAAACAUUUACUUUGAUUUUUAUUUUUAUUUUGGAAGUCUGCUUAGUUAAAACCGAAAGUUUCAUGUUUCUGAAUAAGUGUUUGAAGUUACAAAACGAGUAGUAAAUGUACAAAAUAAGUUUGAAUUUACAAAAUAAAAAAAUACAUGUACAAAAUGAAAAUUUCCUGUUACAAAACAAGAAAUACAAGUACAAAUUGAGAAUUACAAGUUAGAAAACUAAAGUUACAAGUUACGAAUCCAAAGUUACAUGUCAUGAAACAUGUUCCAAUUUACAAAACUUGGUACAAGUAACAUAGAAUAUUGUCCCAAUCCUAGCUCCAUACUCUGCAGCUCUCCACUCAAAAGAAUUCUUGAUGCUGAGAGACCAUAUAAAUAACGUAAUAUAUGUAGAAACUGGAUCUUUUGGACCCAGUAAAGGUUUAGCAAGAUUGUCUGGGAAAUCGGGAGAAAGUUUGGAGAAUGGUGGCCCUUGGAGAUUUUUGGGAGGGGCACUGAAGUCCAGGAGUUAGACAAAAUUCGGAGGGUUGGCAAUUCUGCACAGAGAAAAUAGUCUGGUAGCUCACAGGCGAAGAGGCACAUGAGGGGCGGGACUAGGCAGCUAAAAAAUAAUCAAUCAGAAAAGAAACGGAAUUGCCGACUACCACGUGACGUUGUAGUUUUUUUUAGCUGUAGUGCGUGACGUACGCUACUCAGCGCUGAUUGGCUUGGUUAGAAUUGUCAGGGUGUUGGGUUAUUUGAAUAGGAGAGUUCUCAGACCCUUUCUCUGUGCAGAAUUAAACAGAGGAGUCUGGCAGGCCAGACUAGGCAAAUAUGGCCAAAACAUGGGUUACAAAAUGAGCUGCAAAUGAUUUGUUGGCUACAUGUUUAAACUGUAAAAUCACAUUCCUCCUUAUACACAGCCAUUUGUAUUUUUUAUAUAGAUAUAUGUAUGUAUAUGUACUUGGGAUGGAAAAGAGGCUUCAGCCUAUUUGCCUAUGCUGACCUAUAAUUGUACUAAAGCUCACUUUACAAACAAUGCAUAACCAAAAUUUACACCUAUUAAUGCAGUAAAGUUUUUGUUUAAAAAAAGAGAAAAAAAUCUUUAAAAGAUAAAAAUAAAAAAAGAAAACAAAUAGUGUUUUGAAAAGACAGUCUUGGCCAAGACAGUUGCAUCAGCAUACCUACAAUACUACCACAGUUUUUUUUAUAUUCAAUUAUUCAAUUUAAUAACAUUUUCUUUGUUACAUUUUUAUUUUCAGGCUUGCAAAGGCAGUAAUUGUUGAUGGAGAGAAGUAUCUUCUCACAAAUGUAGACCUGUGCACAAUCAUUGCAGCAGAAACCUGACCCUGUCACAUUACCAUGCCAUUUCUCACCCAACAACCCACAUAUUUAACUUUUAGUUUUGAAAGAUGGGAAGUAACGCCUUACUGCCUCUGCUGCUUCUAUCAAUUACAUGGGAAGUGGUUCAUCAGACUCCAGAUGGACGACUCUAUCAGAUCGUUGGGAACACAAGUUCCCACUCAGAUGAUGGAAGUUCGCCUCAAAUUCUGCUGCUACACCCAUUUGUUUACUUUGGAAGAACCAAGAAUCAGAUAUAUGUGAAUCACAAUGGGCACCUGACCUUUGAAGAGCCAUGGUCUAGUUAUUCUCCUCAAGUAUUUCCAAUGUAUGGAAACAGAGACAUCAUCGCUCCAUUUUGGACAGAUUUGGAUAACACAAGAAAUGGUGACAUCUGCUACGCUCAAUACACCAGUGGCAGUUUUCUCCAACAAGUUACACAAGACAUCAAUACAUACUUCUCAGGAAUUGACUUUAAUGCCACCUGGAUCUUAAUAGCAACUUGGUAUGAGGUUGCCUAUUAUCCAGCAACUGGAACACAGAACACAUUUCAGGCAGUCCUGACAACUGAUGGCCAGCACUCUUUUGUACUGCUGAAUUAUGGGUCUAUAGAUGCCACAACAAGUUCUAUAGAGGCUGGGUAUGACACAGUCAAUUCCUCUCACCACUUCACCAUUCCUGGAUCUUUUGCUAGCAAUGCAUCUGGUAGCAAUUCAAUUUUCAGCCUCAACAGUAAUGUUAAUGUACCUGGUCGCUGGGCUUUCCGUGUGGAUCAUGGGUCAGCAGGCUGCCUUUUUGAUGGUGAUUCCGUUCAACUGGGGUAUUCCUUCUGGAGUGACAGCACCUGUACCCAGAAGUGCACCUGCACCAGAGCAGGACUGCAGUGUUCCAAUGAUCCCUGCUCCUUCUCCCAAAUCUGCCAGCCAGCUAACUUUCAGUUUUCCUGCCAGACAGUGCAGCGGCAGACCUGCACCGUCAGUGGAGAUCCACAUUACUACACCUUUGAUAACAAGUUGUUUCACUUUCAAGGAACAUGCACUUACGUUCUGUCAGAACAGUGUCAGUAUGACCUGCCCUACUAUAGAGUAGAGGGCAAGAACGAACACCGUGGCAGCACUCAUGUUGCCUGGACUAGACUUGUUAAAGUGUUUGUCUACAAUGAAACCAUUGAGCUUGUUAAAGGACAUCAUGGUGAGGCUAAGGUUAAUGGACUCUUUGCCUCAACUCCAUUCUCCUUAAGAGAUGACACGAUCCAGGUCUAUGAGUCUGGUUUCUCUGUGAUAGUCAGCACUGACUUUGGCUUGAUGGUGUCUUAUGACGCAAAUCACUAUGUUCAGAUCAGUGUGCCCUACAGUUACCAGAAUGCAACAUGUGCCCUCUGUGGAAACUUCAACAAUCACCCUGAAGAUGACUUUCAAACCCGUGAAGGAGAAACUGUCAGUUCUGAUGUGGCUUUUGCCAACAGCUGGCAAGCAUUUGUUGAUGAUGAGGCUGGUUGUGAGGCACAGUGUGGUGGUCUGGCCUGUGCUUCCUGCACUGCAGCUCAGAUGGCAUUAUACAGAAACCCUGGGCAUUGUGGUAUUAUUCAGGACACUUCUGGACCAUUUGCUGCUUGCCAUCAACAUCUCCCCCCUCAGAUGUUUGUGGAGAGUUGUGUGUUUGAUCUUUGUGUAGGUGGAGGAUAUCAGCCCAUUCUUUGUCAAGCCCUCAAUGUGUACGCAAGUCAGUGUCAACAAAAUGGUAUCCAGCCACAAAGCUGGAGGAGUCCUGACUUCUGUGAAAUCCUCUGCCCAGCUAACAGCCACUUUGAGUCCCAAGGUACAGGAUGUCCAGCCACCUGUGUCAACCCUAAUACCACCAGCAACUGUCCUCUACCUGAUCAAGAAAGCUGUGUCUGCAACACAGGCUACGUCCUCAGUGGUGGGGUCUGUGUACCUCUAGAGAACUGUGGAUGCAGCUUUGAAGGCUGGUAUUACAAUGCUGGUGAGACCUUUUGGACAGAAGGAUGCUCUCAGAGAUGUGAAUGUCACGGUCCCAAUGACCUGCGCUGUACUUGUGUAUUGUGUACACAUGCACAAGAGUGCACCAUUAAAGAUGGCCAUCUGGGUUGUUAUGAUACAAUGUCUACAUGCACUGUGUGGGGGGACUCACAUUACAUCACCUUUGAUGGAUCGCUGGCUCAUUUCCAGGGCUCAUGCUCUUACAUUAUCGCUGAGACCAUGCGCCAAAAUAACAAUGAAACUCAGUUCAGUGUAAUUGCCACCAACAAUCACCGUGGCAACAACCUUGCCUCAUUUGUGUCAUCAGUAGAUGUAUACCUCUCAAAACAAUCAGAGAGUGUACAUGUCAGAAUUGGACUCAACAGAAGAAUCAAGGUAAAUGGAGCUGAGGAGACUCUUCCAGCCCUUGCAGGAACCUUUGGUCAAGUUGUGAGGCAGGGAGGACUCAUAGUGUUUGAUGCUGUAGACCUCACUGUCCAGUUGGAUGGUCACAGUACUUUGCUGGUCAGAAUAAGUCAAAACUACCACAACAGAGUCACUGGGAUGUGUGGGAAUUUUAAUGGUGACCCUAAUGAUGACAAAGUGUUACCAAAUGGAACUUUGGCCCAAAAUGACAAUCACUUUGGUCACAGCUGGAAAUCAUCUACAAGCCAAACGGGAUGUGGAACAACAGAUGUGAGAAGUCGUGAUCCACUGAACAACUGUCGCUUUUUAGCUGAAUACACUCAACUCUGCAGAGUGAUCACCAACACCAGUGGUCCUUUCAGUUCCUGUCACCUUCACUCGGACCCACAGCCAUUCUUCACGUCUUGUGUUUAUGACCUCUGCCUCUACACUCCAGCCAGUGGCAUGCUGUGUUCAGCUGUCGCUGCUUAUGAGAGAACUUGCUCUGUUUGGGGUCUAAACAUGUCUGACUGGCGCACUGAUUUAAACUGUGAUGAGUCAGACCUGUGUGAACAGCUGGACUGUGCAGAGCAUGAGUGGUGCGGGAAAAAUGAUGGUGUUUAUGGCUGCUUUUGUGAUGAACACCAUCAAAGAACCAGCAAUGAAAUUUUUGAUUCAACCAUCACUUGUGCCAGCAGCUCAGGGACUAUGUCUGUGUCUCGGUGCCAGCUUUUUGAAGCAGGCUUUCACUCCAGCAAUCUCCAUCUAAAAGACGACACAUGCAAUGGGACAAUACAGAAUGGACGCCUCAUCUUCAGGUUCGAUAAUGAUGACCAUCUGUGUGGGACAGUUCUCAAGAGCAAUGGAACACACCUCAUUUAUGAGAAUGGCAUUUUUGAUGACGUGGAUACUCAGAGAGGUAUAAUCAGUCGUGAGAGGGACCUCCAACUACAUUUCUCCUGUGUUUACUCUUUGACUCAGGCUGUGUCCAUGAAUGUGCAAAUAAAUGCACUGGAGAGCCGUUUAAGGAAGAAGCAUCCUGGGAGAGGUUUGUACAACGUGACAAUGAUUCCCUAUCAGGAUGCAGACUUCCACUUCCCUCUCACCACCAACUCGAAAGGUACUAUAGACAUGGAAAUAGAUGAUAGGUUUUAUGUGGAGGUGAGAACAGAAGGGGUGGAUCAGCACCAGAUCUCCACUGUUAUUGAUUCCUGUUGGGCCACUCCAGACACCAAUGCAAACAACCCUAUCCACUGGGAUCUCAUCAUUUCAGAAUGUCCUAAUCCAGCUGAUGGAACUGUAAAGCUGAUUCAGAACGGUGUCUCCACUGUGGCUCGUUUCUCCUUCAAGAUGUUUACCUUCACCAACUCUGAUGAGAUUUACCUGCACUGCAACAUUCACUUGUGCCUCUUGAGUUCCAACAGUUGCACUGCUCCUUGCAAUCUGCAUCACAAACUACAUAAGAGGGAAGUAUUAUUCCACGAUUCUGCAGCCCUGUCCAUGGGCCCACUUGUCCUGAGUCAAGAGCAUGUUGUUACAGGUGCAGCAAUCCAGAGGAACGGUUCUUCAGGCUAAUUUACAAUAAUCCUUCCCUACAUUGACUGUUUUCUGAUUGCCAACUCUCUGGUUCAAUGAAAUCAAACAGAAAUAUCUUAAAGUUCUGGUGUCAAAUCCUAGCCCCCAAGGGCCUCUACCUAUUCUGUUGAAGUUAUUUUUUCUGCUUCAACACAGCUGAAUAAGUGGGUCUAUAACCUCUUCUACACACCCUAAAACGUUUGGGUCGUUUGUUCAAAUAGAGUUUGAGCAAAGAAAACACUAAAGCUCAAUAUUUGUGUAUUCAUUAUAUUUGGGUGUGAUUGAAUGUAACUUAUUUUGGUUCUUUUGUGGAAAUGUAUUCAUAAAAUGUAAUUUAGGUUAGCAUUAGUGCUACAGCAUUUGUUUUGCAGUAUGAAGGAACCUAUUUAAUUUCUUUAGCAGGUCACAACUGAAAGGAAAUAAUGUCUGUAAUAGUCUAUAAGAUGUUGAUAUUAAAUGAAAUUUAGCUUUCAUUAACUUUAAUGGAAAAUGGUUGUUUUUGUAUGUAGCGUUGUUAAUCUACAUAACUAGAGUUUAACGCUGUUGCUAUUCAGCUUGGAUAAAUUCUGAGAAAGAUCAAACGAAUUGGCAAAUGAAACUUGUAUUAUAUAUAUAUAUUAGGGCUCGACCGAUAUGCUUUUUUUGGGACCGAUACCGAUAUAAAACUUUUAACAAAGGCCGAUAGCCGAUAUAAUGGCCGAUAAAUCUCCCUCACAAAAAAAGUAAAUACAAAUGUUCUUAAGAUUAAAUCCUUCAUUCUCUGCCUUUUUGAUGCUAACUUAUUUCUAUAUUAAACACCAAAGAACUGUCUCAAUAAUUCACUAGGGUUUCCAAGUAAUGCAAAUAAGAUUUAUUUUGCAAUCUCAAAAACAACAGAACACACAAACUACUACUUAAGAUGAGCAGAUGCUGCAGAUGACAUCACCGGAUGGAUCUUUAGUGAAGUAGGCCCACACCUUACUACGACCCUCUUUUUCCAUCUGUAAUAAAAUAAUCAGCAUAAAAGUACAGUUAUAUAUCUGUUGAUACCAAGACAAAGUAAAAUACAUUAAAUGUGGCAUUUUUAUACUUAAAAGUUUAUAAAUGCUCUGUUUUUGUUUGGUUCCCCAGCUGUUAAGGAUUUCUCAUUUAGUAUUCAAGUCUUUUUUUUUUCCUUCCACUAAAUUUUCUACUCCGUUUGUUGUCAGGUUUUUUUCUAGUUAUUCUUCUUUCCCUUUUAGGAUUCUUUCUUCUUUAAAAAAUAUUUUCAUUUAUAGUUCCUCCUAUGUUCCCCUGUUGUACUCUGCUCCCCCUCACAGCUCCUCCUCAUAAGUAGUCCUCUUUUCAUCUCUCACUCCUCAGUGCAUACGGUUCAGUUUCAGUCAUACUCUGCUGGUUUCAGAUCCUAGCUACCUGUUUUUAUUUCUGUCACCUGAUUUUUGGCAUUAAAAUACUUUUGAGUUUUACA